GGCCCGAGCAUUCGCUAUGUGAAGGGCUAGAGCCGAUGCCUCUCAUUUGUAACCCCAUGCUCCCUAUUUUGGCUAUUCUCGUCGCCACCAAAGCGUUCAGAGACUACGAAACGAUUGAAGAUCUUCUUGCCAUACAAUCACUGGAAGGAGAGAUGCUCCAUUUACAGUGGAGGGAGAGCAUCCGUGAUCUACCCUUCUUCAAGAGCAUUUCUGCAAGAGCUGCGCCAGGGAAGAUAGAAACGGCAAAUGCAUUUAGCAGGCGCAUUAGACAACUAGGCUUCCGCGCUGGAUAUCCUCGUCCGCCUACAAUUCACGAUUUCAGGGCGGAGGAUCUAUACUGGAUAGGCUUGUACAUAGAGUUUCCCUUCUUCAGUCUGACUUGCUAACCUGUUCUCACAGAUCAGCUGUAUACCGUUGCC